UACGGAAAUGACGUCACGCGGGAUGUGACGACGACCGUCGCCCCGGGGCUCCCUCUGGCCCCCAGCGUGGCGCAGUUUGAAAAAAAAAAACCUCACGAGGGAGAGAGGCGGAGAGGCGUGAGGGGGGCGUGAGGGGGGCGAGCAGCGACUGCACGCGGGGUUUUUUUCCCCCUCCCCCUUCAAAUUAAUUCCCGCCAAUGGACCUUUCUGAGGGAGAAGACGAAGUCGCCGCGGCCUAGAGGAGACGCGGCGCCCCCCUACCACCACCACCAUCAGCAGCAGCAGCCCUCCCCAGGCGCAGCCCCGUCGAUUCUUCCCCAAACUCACGGCGAGGGCGACUGCGUCGCAGACCCCGCGGGGGUGCUGAGCCUUGGCGGCGGCGGCGGGGAGGGGUGACAGGCAGUGAAGGGCCAGGCUGGUCACUCUGGACACGUGGGGCUCAGGACAUUGACAAGCUGCAGCUGUGGUGGAAGGAGCGAGCGACCGACCUCUCGUCCUUGUCGCCAUGAGGAGCGGUGAGGGCCCAGGUGAGGGCCCAGGUGAGGGCCCAGAUGAGGGCCCAGGUGAGGGCCCAGGUGAGGGCCCAGGUGAGGGCCCAGGUGAGGGCCCACGUGAGGGCCCAGGUGAGGGCCCAGGUGAGGUGGCCGGGCAGCCGAGCGUGGAGGGGCUGGCUCUGCUGCCGCCCGUGCUGCAGCUGCUGACUGAGCCCGGGCGGGAUGUCACGGAUGACACGUGCCUGGAGAAGCUGCUGGACUGGCUGGGCCGAGAGAUUUCUCGUCCAGACACCGGCGGGGAGGUUCUGCGGCGCGUACGUCCGUGUGUGCUGGAGUUCCUGGGCCGCGUGAACGCCGCACGGAUGGACGUCGCUCCCUGCGUCCUCUCCCUCGCCCUGCGUCUCGCCGGGCUGCUGGGCGCAACCGACGUUGGCUUCCAGCGCCUGCAGGCUCUGGGGCUGGUGGACGGGCUGUUUGGCGCACUGCCCGGCGCGGAGAGCUCCCCUUGGCGCGAGGCGGCGGUGCGCUGCGGCUGGCUCGUUGGGCUCGGCUCGGCGCUGCGGCACGAGCCCGCGUUCCGGUGGUUGUGCCAGCCCGGCAACGUCGAGGUUGUCCUCUCUCUCUGGAAGGACCCCAGCAUGUUUGUGGCCAACGCGGCCAAUCAGCUGCUGGCGCGGCUACUCGUGUGGGGCGAGCGCCUGGGCCCCGCGGCCGCGCCCCCCCCCCUCGCCGCCUCCCUCGUCCCCCGCCGGCACCCCACAUCACAACCCCGUGCUGGACCUCGUCGACCGUUCCGUCCGUUCGUCUCUCCGCGGCGACGACGGCGGCGAAGACGGCGUCCGCCGGGCCCUGCGUCUCCUGGCGGGGUGGGGGGCGAGCGGCGGCAGCGUUGCCGGCGCCGCUGGCCUCGCGACGGACGUUGAGGCGGAGAACGGCCGAUCGGAUGGAGCGGGGGAGGACGGCGGCCGCUGGGAGGCCAUGGCGGCGUUGUGGCCGGACGUGCGGGCCUGCUGGGAGGGCGGACGCGU